AUGGCCAAGAUCAAGUCUAAAAGACGGAUGAUGUCAAAGGGGGAUGAGCUGCCAUCAGAUGAUGAAGACAAGACGGUGAAGGACGAUCAGACACAGUCGUUCACCCUACUGGCAGAGAAGGUGCACCCCGGCCUGCGCAUCUUCAACAAGUUGUUCACAGAGCGUGCCGAGGUCCUCUGGCAGUACGUCAUCAAGCUACAUGCCCUCGCCGCCGACAUCACCUCCUUCAACAAGAAGGCCAUAAUCUGCUAAAUCACCGGCGCCACCACUGCAGCCAUUCGAGGCGGCGCGGCCAUCGUCGGCCUGGCCCUCACUACCAUCACUUUCGGUGCCUCGCUCCUCGUCACGGUGGUGGGCAUCUGCGUGGUAGCGGCCGGCGGGAUCACGACGGCCUCUGCAACCAUCUCGAACAACGUGAACAACAUGCAGGACAGGAAGAAAGUGGAGGUGGUUCUGGAGGAUUACGAGGUGAGGAUGGAAGAGUUGGGGAAGAUGUCAAGGUUUGUGUGCCAGGGGCUGACCCAGCACUACUCUGGGGACUGGGAGGUCCGGAUGGCCGUUCAGAUGGUCAGCCUGGUGGACAGGCCGGUGUCGAGGACCAAAGACAUCACAGAAGGAGCCACUGUGGCCCUCAGGGGCAUCUUCAAGGGAGUGGAUAAAUACUUUACUAAGGAUUCCCGUGUGUUGAAGAAGGGGUUUAAGAAAUAG